AUGAAGGCCGUCGUCUUGCUCUGCUGCUGCUGCUGCUUUCUGUUCCAAUGUUUCGCUGUUGGAGUUGAUACAAACCAGACAGCAGAGCUGCUUGUUGAUGCUUCUCAAUCAUCCGGACGACUAGUAUCUCCAACACUCUUUGGAAUUUUCUUCGAGGAGAUUAACCAUGCUGGCGCUGGUGGGUUGUGGGCUGAACUUGUAAGCAACAGAGGUUUUGAAUCUGGGGGACCUAACACUCCUUCCAACAUUGAUCCCUGGUCAAUUAUUGGGAAUGAGUCAUCUUUGCUUGUAUCGACGGACCGGUCGUCAUGUUUCGAGCGCAAUAAAGUUGCACUUCGAAUGGAGGUUCUAUGUGACAGCCAAGAUGCCAAUAUCUGUCCUUCUGGGGGUGUUGGUAUUUAUAACCCUGGGUUCUGGGGCAUGAAUGUUGAAAAAGGGAAGACCUACAUUGUAACUCUUUAUGUUCGUUCAUCUGGAGCAAUCAAUGUAUCUGUAUCGUUGACGAGUUCCAAUGGAUUGCAGACUUUUGCUGCUGAUAACAUUAUAGCUUCUGUUUCAGAAGUUUCAAACUGGACGAAAUUUAAAGUUCUGUUGGAAGCCAAAGCAACAAAUCCUAGUUCAAGAUUGCAAUUGACAACCACCAGAAAAGGGUUGAUAUGGUUUGAUCAAGUGUCAGUCAUGCCUUCGGACACAUACAAGGGACAUGGAUUUAGGAAGGACCUUGUCGACAUGUUGGCAGAUCUAAAACCCCAAUUUAUUAGAUUUCCAGGUGGCUGUUUUGUUGAAGGUGAAUGGUUAAGAAAUGCAUUUCGUUGGAAAGAAACAAUUGGACCAUGGGAAGAGAGACCUGGACACUUUGGUGAUGUCUGGAUGUACUGGACUGAUGAUGGACUUGGUUAUUUUGAGUUUUUGCAACUAGCAGAAGACCUUGGUACACGGCCAAUAUGGGUGUUCAACAAUGGAAUCAGCCACAAUGAUCAAGUUGAUACUUCCAAUGUCUUACCGUUUGUACAGGAAGCUCUUGAUGGUAUUGAGUUUGCUAGGGGCGAUCCUGAUUCUACAUGGGGUUCUCUCCGUGCCACAAUGGGACACCCAGAGCCCUUUGACUUGAGAUAUGUUGCUGUUGGGAAUGAGGAUUGUGGCAAAAAGAAUUACCGAGGAAAUUACCUUAAGUUCUACAGUGCUAUAAAGCGUGCCUAUCCGGACAUCCAAAUAAUUUCUAACUGCGAUGGCUCUUCUCAACCUUUGGAUCAUCCAGCUGAUUUGUAUGACUUUCAUGUUUAUACUUCAGCAAGCAACAUGUUUUCGAUGGCUCAUCGGUUUGAUCGUGCACCACGUAAGGGUCCCAAGGCUUUUGUGAGUGAGUAUGCUGUGACCGGAAAAGAUGCUGGAGCAGGAAGUCUUCUCGCAGCAUUGGCAGAAGCUGGAUUUCUGAUUGGGCUUGAAAAAAACAGUGAUGUUGUUGAGAUGGCAAGUUAUGCGCCACUCUUUGUGAAUGCCAAUAACAAGCGGUGGAACCCAGAUGCAAUCGUGUUUAACUCCUCACAGCUGUAUGGAACUCCUAGCUACUGGGUGCAAUGUUUUUUUAGUGAAUCAAGUGGAGCAACUAUUUUCAAUGCAACACUCCAAACAAAUUCUUCUACUUCACUUCUUGCAUCUGCAAUUUCGUGGAAAAGUUCUGAAGAUCAGAAUACUUACCUAAGAAUUAAGAUUGUGAACUUUGGAAGCAACAUAGUAAAUCUUACGAUCCGUGUUGAUGGGUUGGGGCCAAAUUUUGUUGGUCUGUCUGGAUCAACCAAGACUGUGCUCACAUCUAAAAAUGUGAUGGAUGAGAACUCGUUUGGUGAGCCAAAGAAGGUCAUACCGAACCCGAGUCUACUUGAACAGGCUGGUGAGGAAAUGGAUGUUGGACUUUCUGCACAUUCCUUCACUUCAAUUGAUUUGUUAAUGGAACCAAGUUAUAUCAGGACUGGAGCUGAUUCUUUCUCCCUGUCUUCUAUCUAAAAGAUAUGAAAUUAAUAUUUUAUAGUAAAUGUAAUCAAGAUAAAAUAAUCCACAAAUUUAUUGGAAGAAAUAAUCCCAAUCAAAAUUGGACCUUGUUUUGUGUUGAUUUACUAGUGCAGGUUUUGUAUCAGUUUAAUGUCGUUGGCCAUGUUUAUAUUAAGUACUGUAAUUAGCUUUGUAGUACAAGCUGAUUUAAUCUAUGUUGGAGAUGUAUUUUGUUGCAA